AUGUGGGCCGUGCUCUUUGGCGACAAUGAGAACGAAACGGGCAGCACGCACUCAAUUGAAGAGACCGUAAAGAUGCCAGUGUCUCCACAGCACUCGACCCCGCCCGCGACACCGUCACCCCUUCAAUCAUCAGCUCCGUCCACACCGCCGUCAUUUUUGUCUGAACAACGCGUCAACCCGGUAGUUGAUGCGAAAAGUACCAAAAGUGGCAGUGAGAAUGAUGACUCGGCCAUGAAAAUGUUGCUCAAACGUUUAAAUAAUCUGAUGGUUAAGGUGGGCGAGCAUGAAUUUGAAAAAAGAACGUUGGUGGAUCAGAUGGAGAAAGAACGUAAGAUAUUGACAGCCAAGAUAGCAGGAUUGGAGAAAGAGAUGGAGGACUUAAAAGACCAGAAUGUGCAGCUGCAGUACAAGGUUGAGUACACGUCGGAACCGAUGCUCAUGGAGCGAGUACAGGAUAUCACUGACAUGCGUGAUGCGUUGGCUGCAGUCAAGAAGCAGCUGGAGUUGGAGCUGCAGGAGAAGGACGUGGAGUUAAAGAAGCUUAAAGCUGCAGUGGCGACGAAGGACAAGGAGCAAUGUGAGCUCCGUGACGAUUAUCAAAAUCAAUUUGAAGAGCUAAUUGCCGAGCGCGAAGCGGCGAGGAAGGAGGCCGCUGAUGCAAUUCAAGUCGCAAGCAAGGUUGCUGGUGAAAAAUAUGAAGAGCAGUUAAGGGAAAAGGACAUGGCUCUUUCGACAAUUAUAGCUGAAAAAGCAAUGCUUGAAGCUUCUUUGACUGAAAAAGAGCAGGCUCUGUGUGACUCCAAAGCUGUAGCCGAAGACUUGAAGAGUAGUCUAGAUGAAGCUCAGACGCAGCGCAUGAUGGACGUAAAUGCUCUCGAGCAGCUUCAACUAGAGCUAGACAGGGUUUCUCAAGAAUACGAGAAGUUACAACGACUGAAGAUGGAAGGUCAACACGAAUUGGAGACUUUAGAGAAUCAGGUCAAAGAACACGAAGGAUUUGUAGCAAAAUCGGCUCAGGAGUUAGAGGAUUACAAGCACGAUUGUGUCGAGUUGUGGAAGAUAAACGAGGAGUUAAAGCAGCAAAUUGCUUCAAUGUCGGCGGAUACGAUUAAAAAUCAGGCAGAAUUACGCGAAAAAGCGCUUUCAGGUCAAUCUGUACUCGAAAACAAGGUUGUGGAUCUAGAGAAACAGCUUGAGGAAUUACAGGAAAAGCUUGAUUGCAAGAACCAGGAAGUCGCGAAGUUAGUCGAACUUGAUAACCGUACUCGGUAUGGCGACGAAGCAUCGAUUGAAAGUGACAGGCUUGCGGUGGUAGGAGGCGAUACUGACAUUAUCAGCGUUCUUACGGAGCAAGUUGCUACUGCUCAGCGCGAGCUCACCGAGGCAAUGGAAUUAAAUUUGCACCUAAAUAAUCGUAAUGCUUGGCUUGAAGAGCAGUAUCAGAUGCUUUCAUCAGUGCAGUCUGAAGGGGAUGAGGAACAUGAAGAAGCAGGUAUCGCCAAACCUUCGCCGGAGAAGCGUAUCAUGCUGUUGGAGCAAGAGCUUCAAGAGGUGAGACGUGCUGCCAACGAAAAGGCAGAGCACAUUUCGAAUCUAGAGCAUAACUGUAGUGCCCUCUCAACUGAGUUUGACCGUCUUCAUUCCGCCCACGAUGAGCUGAUCAAGGUUAAGCAAAUUGACGAAGAAGCACUGAACACUUUGAAGCAAGAGAUUGAAUUACUCCGCGCCUCUCAAACUGACGCGGUUGAAAAAGGUCACGAACUUUUUUUGAAGGAGCAAGAAAUUGCCAAGCUGGGUUGUGAGAUCAAACGCCUUCAGAAUAUUGAAAACCAGUUGCAGCAUUUGCAUGAAAAAUUUCGUAAGGCGCAGACUGAUCUCGCGGAAACUCAAGGCGCUAAUGCAAUCUUGCAGCAAGAGCUUGCCGCGCUACAAGAUAUUGCUGUUGCUGCCUCAAAAAGUGAUGAGAAGGUGGCUUUAAUACAAAAUGAGCUAAGCCAGGCUCGAUCUGAAAAGGAUGCGAUUGUGAAUCAGUUGACGCAGUCGGAGGCUUCCGUCAAUGAGCUGAAACUUAAAAUUCAAGAAUUUGAGUGUACUGUGAACAACCAGAAGAUUGAAAUAAAGUCGUUGGAGCAACAGCUUCAGAACUUGCAAGAUAUGGCUCAGGAAAAUAUGGAAAAUUCGUUUGAACUUCAAUCCAGCCUAGAGACUACGAUGGAGGAUUUGGCGAAUGCUCAAGCUCAUUUGCGAACCGAGCAAGAAAACUGUGCUAGCUUGCGGCAGUCCAUUGCAGAGAUAGAACAGUCGUCCAUUCCUCGCGCUGAUUUGGAUCGUGCUCAGAGAGAGAUUGCACAACUGGAACAACAAAUUAGCCAAUUUCACAGUAAGGAGCAGUCAUUAGAGCAGCAAUUGCUGGAGGCAGAACACUCGAAGAAUGCGAUUGCUGCAGAUUUACAGACUGCUUUGUCAGAACGAGUCGCUGCCGAACAAGAGCAAAAAAGGCUUCAGGAAUUCUAUGAACAUAAACUUUCUUCUGCUCAAUCCUCUUUGAACGAGCUGCAAUGCGCGAACGAUGAUCUGUCGAGGUCAAUGGAACAGUCGCAGGCAAAGGCAACGCAAGCUGAGGAGCAACUUAAUGCGAUGCGCGCACACCAUAAUGAAGUGCAAAAAAAGCUUGAGACUCUCACGAAAAAAAAUCUUUCGUUAAUCUCGGAAAUUCAAAGCAUGCGUGAUGAAAUUGAGAAGCAGCAGCAGGUGUCACGUAGUCAAGUCGCACAACUUAAGUCAGAACAUGCCGAUGUCCAGCGUCAAUUGGCAGAGACCACCCAAAGGCUUCAAAGUAAGGAUGCCGAGCUCGCUGCAGAAUCACAACGCAACCAAUCUAAUGUGGCUCAGCAUAAAGAUCUUCUUGAUCGCUACAAGGCUGAAAAAAUGUCUUCGGACCAGCAGUUAGCACAGUUAAAUGGCGAGUGCGAGAAUCUUCGCCAAGCUCACAAUGAAAGUACUUCGGCAAUGAAGCGUUCUCAGCAUGAGCUAGAGCAGAUUCGCGCACAGCUAGCUGCGAUGCAGCAAGAAAAGUAUUCACUUGAAACAGAACUAGGCCAGCUUCGCGGAUUGAACGAUGAAAAAGCGCAUCUAAUUCAGACAAUGGACGAGUACAAGCGUGUGAAUCAGCGACUGGAGGGAACGAACCGUGAGCUUGAAGGAUUGCUGCAGAAAUCGAAGGCAUAUUGUGAGGAUCUGUCUCGCGAAAGUGACAAGAAGGUCAGCCGCAUUCAAGAAUUUGCUCGUCACGUGGAACAGGAAGCACGAGAUGAAAUUGACCGCAUUGUUAACGAAAAUAAUAUGCUUCGGGAUGAGCUGGAGCAACUCGCUCAGGCGCGUUUUGACGAAACUAAUGCACACGACGAGCUUCGCGUAAAGCUUGCGGAGCUGCAAGCCGAGAACAACGUCUUGUCAGCGCGUGCGCAUCGUCUCACGCAGCAGCUGUCACAAUACACCGACCUUCCGGAUGAUGACGAGCUAGCUGCCGCGGGGCAAGGCCAGGCGCCCGAUUUGUGGGAGCUGCUGUCCUCGGGUAUGGAGCAGCUUAAGGCUGACCUUGAGCUUGCAAGCAAAUACGCGGCUAGUAUUGACGCUAGCAGCGUAGACGGCGGUAUUGGAGACGAUUCGUUUACUGUUUCUAAUUAG